CUACUUACUUAUGCAUGCCAGUAUAAAACUGUUAUUCAAAUCCUAAACAAGGAAAAUGAUUAAUCUAAGAACUAUUAUGAUUCUAAUUGCUUGUGGAUUGAUUUUACAAAAUGUCAUUCCGGUUAAAGGGCAAGGGCUUUUGGACAUACUACUUAUCCCGGUUGAACUUGUGUUAGAUGUGCCCAAGGUUAUUUUAGAAUUAUCAGGUCCUUUAACAGGUCCAGCUGUAAAAGCUCUUAAAGAAAUUCUUGGGACAGCUAGUAAAGGUUUGCCCUUGAAUCAAGAUCAAGUGCAGAACCUUUUGAAAAUUUUGGACGUGGAUAGUAUUUUGGAUUUAGGUGACAGUGGAUUGGACAAACUUUCAUCGGUUCUUGAUGUAGACCAAAUUUUGGACGUUGAAGGAUUACUUGAUGGCGAUUCUUAACACCUUGUAAUGACUACAUCAUUAUUUUAUUGAUUGGUUUUAUCAUUUAUUUGAAAUUAAAAUACUUGGAAUACGUCAAAGCUUUAUUAUUUGGAAAUUUCUAAUUUUGCAAAGGCGAAUUUACAACAUUGCUGAA